UUGCAAAGGUUUCUGGUGCAUUGACAGAAGCAACUUGACUUUCAGCGAUGCCAAGUAUUCAACUUGAGUCUUUCUCUGCGGCAGCAGAGUGGUGUGCACAGUGCUAACGUGUCGUUUCGUUUCUCCUAAGUACCCUUGCUCCAGAGCGAAGUUGAGUUGUUGUUUGUGUGGGGAAGGAGUUGCGUGCUGUAGCCGCUUUAAGUGGAUUGUAUAACUCUAGUUUAUUUAGGUGGAUGUUGCCAGUGGUACCAGCCAGUGUUGUGGUAACUGGGCAUCCCAGAGGCAAGGGAAGGAGCAGUGACUUACAAAUGCAGUUUUACUGUGUAGGGAUUUUUUUUGUUUUUAAACCACCUUGUUCUUUCCAUCCGGCAGGACCUCAAGGCAUUUAGCAUGUGUUAACUCGUUUAGCUGUUCAUUAUAGUUUUAUAACAGAGGUAGGUGGAGAGCAUUACCUUCCCGUUUUACAGAUGUAAAAACGGAGGCAAAGAGCUAACUCUGGAUUCUUUGCCAACCUUAAAGGAGUAUAGACCAAGAGAUUUAACCCAAUGUUUCCUGGAACCGCCUAUUGCAUAAGGCCACUCAAAAGUAUGGUGCAAUGUUCGACCGUUCUCCCUAAGAUGGUAUAGAUCAAUUAAAAGUCAGGCCACGGCCAGCCAGCAGCAGCUCCGUGCACGGGACUCAGAUCUGCCACGAAGUUAAAUGACACUGGACAAGUCAUGACUUCUCUCUGCUUAUUUCCUUCCUGCUCUUUAAAAUGAAGGGAACAAAGGUGCUGUAUUCUUUGCAAAGUUGUGUGAGUGUGUCUGGACUCUGGAAGCUCCACUCCCUUGAGCUGCAAUUUGGUUAUUGUUACUUGUUGUAGACUCAUAAAGGCCCCCAGUCUCGGUUCCCUUGAGAGACGCAGGGAAUGAAGUAGCUCCAGAAAGAAUAACCACCUCUUCUUCGCCAGAGACACCCGAGAAUUCACAUCAGGGACAGGCUGGGACAGAGACCCCUGCCUGGGUGGUGAGGGAAGAGAGUUGCUGGGAGGAGGUAGGAAGGAGCUCUGCACAGGCGGCUUGACACAUGGGCCCUAUUCCUGCCUCCAGCUCUGACUCAUCUUCUGACGCUUGGGGGAGGAGAGGUAGUUGCUUGGUAUUUUUGGCUUUCCCCCAUAAAACUGGAGACAGUUUCCUUCAUUCCAAGCCUUUUUAACGUCAGCGUGGAACGUGUCUAUGCUGUUCUCAUCUGAAAUCGUUCAUAUUGGUUGACUGCAGAUCUGAUUUGAAUCCACUAUAACCAGCACUACUCAGGACUUUCUGGAUCCAGACCAAGGGCUCCAGUGUAUACCAGACUGUUGAGCAAGAAGGAGACUGUGAUUUUGAAUUCCUUGGUGGAGGAAAUUAAAACAUUCUGGUCUUGCCCCCAACGAUGCAAGUGUGAUUGCUGGCAUCUUCAUGAGCUCCAGAGGUCACAGCACGCUACCAAGGACUCUCAUGGCCCCUCGGAUGAUUUCCGAGGGAGACAUAGGAGGCAUUGCUCAAAUCACCUCCUCUCUCUUCCUGGGCAGAGGCAGUGUGGCCUCCAAUCGGCACCUCCUCCAGGCUCGUGGCAUCACCUGCAUUGUCAAUGCUACCAUUGAGAUCCCCAAUUUCAACUGGCCCCAAUUUGAAUAUGUUAAAGUGCCUCUGGCUGACAUGCCUCAUGCGCCCAUUGGACUGUACUUUGACACCGUGGCCGACAAGAUCCACAGCGUGAGCAGGAAGCAUGGGGCCACGUUGGUGCACUGUGCUGCAGGGGUGAGCCGCUCGGCCACUCUCUGCAUCGCUUACCUGAUGAAAUUCCACAACGUGUGCCUGCUGGAGGCGUACAACUGGGUGAAAGCCCGGAGGCCUGUCAUCAGGCCCAACGUAGGCUUCUGGAGGCAGCUGAUAGACUACGAGCGCCAGCUCUUUGGGAAGUCAACAGUUAAAAUGGUACAGACACCUUAUGGCAUAAUUCCAGACGUUUAUGAGAAAGAGUCCCGACACCUGAUGCCUUACUGGGGGAUUUAAUGCCACCAAAGCCUGCAUCAGCAGCCCCUGAGCAGUGCCAGCAUCUGCUACACACUGUCUGCUCCCCUCUUCACCUUUCUUCUCAAAUGGUUGACUUUUUUUGGUUCUCCCUCAAGUGUUUUUUACACUGGGUAUUCAAGUUUAUUUUAAGAGGUUGGGGGGGGGGAGACAUAAGGGAAAUGCAUACAUUGCUAGGAACAUUUUUAAAACUAACAUUUUGGAAUAGUGUUUAUGAAAAUCUUGAACUGGCUUUUAAUCAUUUUUAACAAUUUGAACAGUUUAAUAAACUGUUUGGUUCUGCUUUAUUCUGAAUCCCAUGCCUUUUGCCACCAUGGUAGGUGCAGGAGGAGCUCAGUGCAAAAAUCACUUAGGGCCCUGAUUAACCCUUUAGAGACAAGCUUUGCCCAAGGCUGCCGACCAAACAGAUGCUUAGGGAAGAUUGAUACCAGCUUUAGUCUCUACUGGAUUAGCCCUACUCUUUCCUUUCCCCUCUAUUAUUUAGUAACUCUGUAAGUUAAAGUAAAUAAACCUUUAUUAUUUAGCUGUUAAGUAAUUAUAAUGAAAUUUGCUGCAAAAGCCCUCUUGGAAUCAAUGUGCCCAGGAUAUUAGCAUUAUUUUUAAUAAAUAUAUCUGCUUAACAUUAAAA